UGUGUGUGAGUGUGUGUAAGUGUGUCUGGUUGUAGUUUCGGGAGCCCACCAGUUCACACAGUCUCUGAGCGGCACCGCGGAGCCGCGCGUCGCACCGGAGCAGCUGGAGAAAAAGCGCACCGGCUCUUGCGCGCGUUUCAUGGUUUCCAUUCUCAUUUACUCCGCGUGUCUUCUCGGAUGCUGGACACAGUCGCACCCCGUGUCGUGAAUUCCCGUCUGACGGACUAACCAUGGACAGUCUCGGCAGUCGUUGUAAGAUUGUGGUGGUCGGGGACACGCAGUGUGGGAAAACGGCGCUCCUGCACGUUUUUGCGAAGGACUGCUUUCCUGAGAACUACGUGCCCACUGUGUUUGAAAACUACACAGCCAGUUUUGAGAUAGACAAGCACCGGAUUGAGCUCAACAUGUGGGACACGUCAGGUUCUUCUUAUUACGACAACGUGAGGCCACUGGCGUAUCCCGAUUCAGAUGCCGUUCUCAUCUGUUUCGACAUCAGCCGCCCCGAGACUUUGGACAGCGUCAUAAAAAAGUGGCAAGGAGAGACGCAGGAAUUCUGUCCUAACGCCAAAGUGGUGUUGGUGGGCUGCAAGCUGGACAUGAGGACAGACGUCAACACCCUGAGGGAGCUCUCCAAGCAACGCCUGAUCCCUGUCACCCAUGAGCAGGGAAGCACGAUAGCCCGGCAGAUGGGGGCGGUGGCCUACGUGGAGUGCAGCUCCAAGGUGUCUGAGAACAGCGUCCGGGACGUGUUCCACAUCACCACCCUGGCGUCGGUGCGGCGGCCACACAAGCCGCAGCUAAAACGCAGCGCGUCCCGCAGAGGCCUGAAGCGGGUGUCGCAGCUGCCCCUGCCGCCUCUGCCGGGUCGGACUGAGCAAACUGAUCAAGCCCCGGCCAUGAGGAAGGACCGGGCCAAGAGCUGCGUACUCAUGUAGUGGCCCACUCUCCCAAACAUGCGGUAUAUAUGUACAUAUAUAAAAUAGAAAUAUAUAAAGGAGGAAUUCUAUUUAUUAUUUAGGUUGUUUUUUUUGCCAUAUGUUCUUUUCUCCUUUUUUUUGCACUGCUGAAAUGUGAGAGCUGAGAAACUGUGGAAAUAAUUGCUUUUUAAACUUCUUUUUGUUGCGUGUGCGCAUAUUUUAUAAGCUGUUUACAUAUUUUUUCCUCAUCUUGAGACGAUGGGAAAUUGGACUCAGCCUCCGGACACGUGGAAGCUGCGACCGUGGAAGUGCCAUCUAGUUCCGAGAAUUAAAGUGGAAUUAAUUUCCUGAAGGAGGAUGGCGCAGCGACGCAGCAGUGGCGAGCGCGCCUGCGGAGAGCGCCAUGUUGAUGCAGGAUGUCUUUGUUUUCAAAGACGGCGCUGCUCAGCAGACGCGAGGACUGCUCAUUAAGUUGCCCGAAGGUCCUUCCUGUUGCCAUAUUUGAAUUGAUAUGCUGUACCUGCGUGCUGGACAGGAAUCCUAGUUACCAGCUGAAUGAUGAGACAUUUGGAGUUGGACAUAAAAUGAGACCGACUGACUGAAAUGUCGCCAUGGUGAUUGUGAGCAUCGCUACCACAAGUGCAUUUUAGCAAAAGAUCAUUUUUCUUUGCCCAUUUAACAGUAGUUUUCCUUAUCAACUCCAAUUAUGUCGGUUUGAUUUAUUAAGAUUAAUGAUGUUUCUUUGUGAAAUUUAACGUGGUAAAAUGUUAGGGCUAUUUUGUUGUACUUUCUCUUGACUUCAAAAUAAAGCAACAGCUUGAAUGCACUAAGAAAAA